GAGCCGCGAUUCCCGGAAAAUGAAACAUUUGUCUCUUGAAGUAAAAGUUUUUGAAUUGGAAAAUGAAAUUAUGCAUUUAAAAGAUUUGGCAGACAUUGAAAGAGAAAAACAAAUUGAGGUCGAACAUGAAAAUGAACUACUUCGAAAACAAAACGAUUUAAUGAUUAAAAAAUUGCACCAAAUCAAUGGACAAAAACAAGAAAUAUUUGUAAACUUGACUGAAGAAUAUAAAAAUAGAAUAAAUGGUCCGUUUCUGAGUCGUAUUUGUUAUACGCUUUUGAUUAUUCUGCUUUCAUUUUCUUUAAUAAAAAAUGGAAAUGGAUUUUCAAAUGAAAAUUCGCUACAGUCGUCAUCGGUGAAGAGAGAAAACUCUCAUGUGACUCUUUUUGAUGGAAACGAUGGAUCUUUAAUGGAUUAUAAACCUGAACUAAAAAGUUCAAUUCAUAAUUCGUACGGGGCUUCUGAUAUAUUGAAAGAACAUAACUAUGCCUGGAUAUCUUCUUCAAACAAGAUUCCUUCAUAUAAUUAUCACAGUCCUCAAAAAUUGAAGGAAUCCAUAUAUAGUUAUGACAGUGGAGCUUUUAGUAAUUUCGAAAGUGAUGACAGUUCUCCUAAACGGAAGGCAUUCCUUGGCUUUUAUUCGGAUUCGUUGAACUUCCUAACUCCCACUUCUCCGUUUAAACUUUAACCAUCUUUUGGUUUGACUGGUUUUGGUGUUUUAUUUAAUAAAUAAA